AUGUCGUCAACGCCCACGGGCUCGGGGCGAACCCCGCGAGUUCUUGCCUGUGUUCUUUGCCAGCACCGCAAGAUCAAAUGUGACCGGAACAGUCCCUGCUCCAACUGCUUAAAGGCUGGUGUGACCUGUACGCCCAGCACUCCCGCUCCAGCUAGGAAGAGAAGGAGGCCCAACCAAGAUUUGCAACAGCGCCUGGCGCGAUGCGAGGAGCUAUUGCAAGAGUAUGCAACCGCCAAGCCUCCCAGCACUGGAACUGAAGUACCAAAUUCGGGUGAACCCUGGAAGUCUAUGGGCAAGCUGGUUGUUGAUGACAGCGGCGUACGCUUCAUGGACAGCUUCUUGUGGGCGACCGUUCACGAUGAGGUCCGGGCAAUGCGUGAGAUUGUAGAUCAAGACGAGAAAGAGGAAGAGAGUUCUAGCACGACACCUGCAGAUGGACUCACGCCCGAUCACCACACCGGUCUCCUCUUCUCCAGUGACUCGGACGCUAAUCUGGAUGAGCUGCACCCAAAUCCAGCGCAUGUUUUCCGUCUCUGGCAGACCUUUCUUGAGAGAGUCAAUCCUCUGACCAAAGUCAUUCAUGUGCCUACUGUGCAGCCGCUGGUUGUUGAAGCUGCCACGAAUCAGACCAAUCUACCCAAGAAUGUAGAGGCACUACUCUUCUCGAUAUAUACGAUGGCUGUCGUUUCCAUGACGGACGCUGAAUGCAUUGGCGUUCUUGGCCUGGCGAAAGACGACGCGUUGGCUCGGUUCUCUAAAGGUGCCCGGGUCGCAUUUAUGCGUACUGGUAUAUUGCACAAAUAUGAUUUUGUCGUUCUGCAAGCGCUUGUGUUAUAUCAGCUUUCACUCAUGGGCCGCUAUGAUCGUCACGCCGCCUGGAUCCUCAAUGGAGUCAUUAUUCGAAUAGCCCAGAAAUUGGGUCUUCAUCGCGACGGAGAGCUCCUUGGCUUAUCUGCGUUUGACACGGAAAUGCGACGCCGCGUGUGGUGGCAAAUCAUACUACUCGACGCCAUAUACGCGAUGCUAUCAGGCUUUGGGCAAUCCAUGUUGCCUCGCCAAUGGGAUACCAAGGAACCAACAAAUGUCAAUGAUGCUGACCUGUUUCCAAGCAUGACCAAGGUCGAACCCAAGGAUGGACCUACAGACAUGGUACAUUGUCUCAUUAGCUAUCAAAUUGCCAGGUUACUAUCGGACACUCCUUCCCUCGAAAACAUUAUUCUUCAAAAUGAACUCGCGACGCCAAAAGGCCCAGCCACGGCCGAGUUGGAAGCAGCUCAAGCGCGCAUCAACGAGUUGGGCGAGACUAUUCAAGACAUAUUACAGAAAUAUGGUGAUCCGAGCAUGGGUCCCGUCCACGAUCUUGCAGCAUGGCAGGGCCGAAUGAUUAUGAAGAAGCUACAAGAAGUCAUCAGACCGCCCCGAGAGGAACCAGAAUGGGGAACCGAAGUUCUUACACCAAAGGAUAACUUGUUCAAACUUGCCGUGUCGGGCGCCGAGUCAUCUUUGGAAACUUAUCGCCACCUCGAGAAGGGCGGUGUUUUUACAUGGUUUGUAAAAACGCAUUUCCAGAUUGAAGUGUUCCAAUUCAUGGUAGGACAGCUUUGUACACAUACGACCGGGCAGCUGGUAGAAAGGGCCUGGAAGGUGGUAGCCGAGGUUUAUCGAUUUCAUCCCGAGUUUUUCAAGCUUUCAAUCAAGCCGCAUGCCUCGCUUGCGGUGAUCGCCAUCAAGGCGUGGAGCAAACGCGAAGGGGCCUUGUGUCUGGCUACUGGCACGACGCCCGAGACACCUUGGUUUAUCUCACGACUCCGGGAGCUUCUCGGCUCUAGCUAUGAACCAAUGGACAAUGCGAGUGAUAUUAAGCUAUCACCAUCGACGCCAGCUGUCAGUAUUGCCGGCACAGCAGCCAGCGCGGAUAUGCCCUGGGACCAGAUGUUAGGGUUUGUCGAUACCUCAACCAUCAACUGGGACAUGUUUGGCAACAACGGGGCUCCCGUGGUCAACUAUGGCGCGUACGGCAAUAUGGGACCCUACCAGACGAUGAAUGGUUGGCUGUAA